UUAAUUUGUGAACAGGUUUACCAGUCCCUCUCACAUGGCUUAUAUCAAGAUUUUGGAGGACCUUAAGGAUAAGGAUGGUCUCCAGAGCUUUGUGGGUAACAUGGGAGCAGCUUCGUCAUCGAUGGUGCCUAAUUCUUGGGAGGAUGAGAAGAUUUCCUGGGACUUUGAGGAAAGAAGUAUAGCUAAAUCUCCUUGUGGAUCCUCCUAUGUUUCCGCCACUACAGGAGAUGCGGUUGAUGACAUCGGACGUAUGGAUCAUUUCAAGAUGGAAACGGGAUCCCCCACCUUCGUGGAUAUAUUGACUGAGAUAUUGCCGGAAGUCAAGGAGUUGAAGCAUACUCAGAUGAAACAAGCUGAGAGGAUGAUUACUUUAGAGAUGGAGCUGCUUGAAUCAAGAAGGGAGAUACUUCGGCUAAAAGGGAGCAAUGGAAGUUUUUAAGCACAUGCAUGGUAAGCUCAAAUUAAGAAUAAACUCUUGGAGUAUGUAAUGCUUCUCUAGCUACUUCUUGUCUUUUGAACAUAUGUGAAGGAAAAAAAGGAAUAUGGAAAUGAUUUGACUCCCGAGUUUGAAAGUUA